AGCUUAACUCAGGUGAUCCGAAAGUUUGCCAAGCAGCUGGAUGAGUGGCUAAAAGUGGCUCUCCAUGACCUCCCAGAAAACUUGCGAAACAUUAAGUUUGAAUUGUCGAGAAGGUUUUCCCAAAUUCUGAGACGGCAGACAUCACUGAAUCAUCUUUGCCAGGCAUCUCGGACGGUGAUCCACAGUGCAGACAUCACAUUCCAAAUGCUGGAAGACUGGAGGAACGUGGACCUCAAUAGCAUCACCAAGCAAACCCUCUACACCAUGGAAGACUCCCGAGAUGAGCACCGGAAACUCAUCAUCCAGUUGUACCAGGAGUUUGACCACCUCCUGGAGGACCAGUCUCCCAUCGAGUCCUACAUCGAGUGGCUAGACACCAUGGUGGACCGGUGUGUUGUGAAGGUGGCUGCCAAGAGACAAGGGUCCCUGAAGAAAGUGGCCCAGCAGUUCCUCUUGAUGUGGUCCUGUUUUGGCACAAGGGUGAUCCGGGACAUGACCUUGCAUAGUGCCCCCAGCUUCGGGUCUUUUCACUUAAUUCACUUGAUGUUUGAUGACUACGUGCUCUACCUGUUAGAAUCCCUACACUGUCAGGAGCGGGCCAAUGAGCUCAUGCGAGCCAUGAAGGGAGAAGGAAGCACUGCAGAAGUCCGAGAAGAGAUUGUCUUGACAGAGGCCACCCCGCCAACCCCUUCCCCGGUGCCAUCGUUUUCACCAGCAAAAUCUGCCACGUCCAUGGAAGUGCCACCUCCGUCCUCCCCCGUCAGCCACCCGUCCCCUGAGUACACGGGCCUCAGCACCACAGGAGCAAUGCAGUCAUACACGUGGUCUCUGACCUAUACGGUGACAACGGCGGCGGGUUCCCCGGCUGAAAACUCCCAACAGCUGCCCUGUAUGAGGAGUACUCAUGUGCCUCCUUCCUCCGUCACACACAGGAUACCGGUUUAUCCGCACAGAGAGGAGCACGGAUACACGGGAAGCUACAACUACGGGAGCUACGGCAGCCAGCAUCCUCCCCCGGUGCAGAGCCAGUAUCCGGCCCUCCCCCACGACACAGCCAUCUCGGGCCCGCUGCACUACUCCCCAUAUCACCGGAGCUCCGCACAGUACCCUUUCAAUAGCCCUACUUCCCGGAUGGAACCCUGUUUGAUGAGCAGUACUCCCCGACUGCAUCCCACCCCCGUCACCCCCCGAUGGCCAGAGGUGCCCACAGCCAACACGUGCUACACAAGCCCGUCUGUGCACUCCACGAGGUACGGAAACUCUAGUGACAUGUACACACCCCUGACCACGCGCAGGAAUUCUGAGUACGAGCACAUGCAACACUUUCCUGGCUUUGCUUACAUCAACGGAGAGGCCUCCACAGGAUGGGCUAAAUGACUGCUAUUGCAGGAAUCCAUAUUUAAUAUUAAUAAUAAUUAUUAAUAAUAAACCCAACGACCCACCCCCAGAAGACUGUAUCUCUAUACAUCAUAACUCAUGGACUAUUCCUAGGUGUCCAUCUUCCUAAUGAGCGUGAGUCUGGGAUUCAGUGUGGGAUGAAUCAACUUUAGUUCAGAAAGAGGACUCACUAAAAGUCCGUGAGACGGGGUUCCUGUAGCCAAGCCAGACUUGACUGUUUCUAUCGAGCACUAUUCCAGGCAGGCCAAUCUGUGCCUUUUCCCUCUGUUCCAUGACUUUGCUCUGUGUUGCCAAACACUCCCCGUAAGCUACUUAUCUUCCUGUUGACAAAAGCUCAUUAGUCUUGAUGGAUACUAGAGACAGAGUCUGGUUUGUGUUCUUGGAUGGGCACAUAAUUUACCAAGAGCAUUCACCUUGCCAUCUGUCUGUCAUCUUACUGUACAACGAACAGCCCUCAGGUAUGUUCUACGCAUCCCUUGUUCCUGGUGGUGCCAUCACGGCUUCCUGGAGCACCAGGGUGAAAUGCUGGUGUCUGGAAAACUCCAGAGUCCCUGUUACUGCACCCAUGUCUUUCACAGUACCUGCAUUGUCUUGGAACGUAAGCACUGUGUAGAGGGAAGGAAGAGACCUGUUCUGUAUGCCUUAAGUUGAUUGAGGUUUGUAGGGGACCGGUUCUUCUACAUACAAGUAUUUGUCCUAAGUUUGCACAAUGGCUAGUGUCAGCAAAAGGCAGGAGAGGGGUUUUCAAAAUUCUGUGAGAAUGUGGAUUUAUGGUAUUGAGUAUCACACUCAGCUCUGCUGUAUUAACUUUGUGAAACCAGAUGGACCAAACGUUAACUUACCAAGCACCAAGUGUGAAAAUGACUUUCAUGGUUCCUUCGUAAGACCAUAAUAAUUUCCGACACUUUGAUAGAAAAAAAAAUUCAAAGCUGUGCCUUUGAGCCUCUACUAUACUGUGUAUGUGUGGAAAUAAAAACUGUAUUGUACUUUUGGAAAAUUUUUUCGUAGGCAUUUUUCUGUGAGAUUUGUAGCAGUUUGUGAGGUUUGUUAGAGAUUAACAUAGGUUUUCUUUCUGUAUUAUAAAAUGCACCAGGCAAUUAUGGUGGACCUAUUACCCUAUGGGUAAGAAAUAAAUGGAAAUAUGACAUCGGAUGUUUUAGCAGUUGUUCUGUAAAUAAAAUCUUUGAUCACACCACUCAGUGUGAUAAUCAUGUCUACAGCUAAAAUGGAAAUAGUUUUAUCUGUACAGUUGUGCAAGAUAUGAAUGGUUUCACACUCAAAUAAAAAGUAUUGAAA